CUUAGCAGGUGCACUUGUCUGAACAUUCCUGAAUCCGGAGGGGGCAGCUCUGGAUUUCAGAGAGUGGUAACCAGGCCACAGCUGGAGUGAGGCAGAAGCCAGGAGGAAGAACUUCAGCUCUGGGUUUGCAGCCUGAAAGGAAGAGAAAAUCCAGAAAGAACCUUUGACUUGGUAUUGAAAGUGAAAUGUCAUGCCUCUGAAAAGGAAGAUCCUGUGGUAUUGUGGAAGUUUCCUGAGGACUUUGGAGACCAGGGUGUCUCAGAAUCAAGUUGGACAGCAUUUUACCUUUGUACUGACUGACAUUGAAAGUAAACAGAGAUUUGGAUUCUGCAGACUCACAUCAGGAGGCAAAAUUUGUUUAUGCAUCCUUAGUUACCUGCCAUGGUUUGAAGUGUACUACAAACUUCUAAAUACUCUGGCAGAUUACUUGGCUAAGGAAUUGGAAAAUGAUUUGAAUGAAACUCUCAAAUCACUCUAUAACCACCCAGUACCAAAGGCAAACACUCCUGUCAAUUUGAGUAUGAAUCAAGAAAUAUUUAUUGCCAGUGAGCAAAUUCUGAAAGAUCAGCUCUCACUAAUACCGCAUUCCUACUUCAUUGCCCCUGAUAUAGCUGGACUCCCAACAAUACCUGAGAGUAGAAAUCUCACAGAAUAUUUUGUUGCCGUGGAUGUGAACAAUAUGCUGCAACUGUACGCCAGUAUGCUACAUGAGAGGCGCGUCAUUAUUACCUCUAGCAAAUUAAGCACUUUAACCGCCUGUCUCCAUGGAUCGGCUGCUCUGCUCUAUCCAAUGUACUGGCAACACAUAUACAUCCCAGUGCUUCCUCCGCACCUGCUGGACUAUUGCUGUGCCCCAAUGCCAUACCUGAUUGGAAUACACUCCAGCCUCUUAGAGAGAGUGAAAAAUAAAUCAUUGGAAGAUGUGGUUAUGUUAAAUGUUGAUACAAACACUUUAGAAUCACCAUUUAAUGACUUGAGCAACCUACCAAUUGAUGUGGUCUCGGCCUUGAAAAAUAAACUGAAGAAGCAGUCUACAGCUACGGGUGAUGGAGUAGCUAGGGCCUUUCUUAGGGCACAAGCUGCUUUGUUUGGAUCCUACAGAGAUGCACUGAGAUAUAAACCUGGUGAACCCAUCACUUUUUGUGAGGAAAGUUUUGUAAAGCACCGCUCAAGUGUGAUGAAGCAGUUCUUGCAAUCAGCAGUUAACCUUCAACUUUUUAAGCAGUUUAUUGAUGGUCGGCUGGCAAAACUAAAUGCAGGAAGGGGUUUCUCUGAUAUAUUUGAAGAAGAGAUCACAUCAGGUGGCUUUUGUGGAGGGAAUCCAAGGUCGUAUCAACAGUGGAUGCAGACAGUUAAGAAAGGAGGUGCACUAUUCAACACAGCAAUGACCAAAGCAACUCCUGCUGUACGGACAGCAUAUAAAUUUGCAAAAAAUCAUGCAAAGCUGGGAUUAAAGGAAGUGAAGAGUAAGCUAAAACAUAAGGAAAAUGAGGAAGAUUGUGGGCCCUGUUCUGGUGCAGUACAACAUACACCGGUUUACACAUUACACAGUGAAAGGGGAGAGAACCUAGAAAAGCAUAAACUUGCCCAGGCAUGCUUGAAAAAGUCUCUCCAGAGCCUGGAUGGUGCCCUGUAUGACGACGACGACGACAUUGAAAGAGCAAGCAAGUUAUCUUUUGAAGAUGGUGAAGAAGCUUCUGCUUAUUUUUAUGAAAGUGAUGAUUCUGUUGACAUGAGAGUAAAGACUCCUUAUUCAGGUGAAAUGGACUUAUUAGGAGAGAUCCUUGAUACACUGAGCACACACAGCUCAGAUCAAGGAAAACUGGCAGCUGCAAAGAGCUUGGAUUUCUUCAGAUCAAUGGAUGAUAUUGAUUACAAACCUACGAAUAAAUCCAAUGCUCCUAGUGAGAAUAACCUGGCCCUCUGUGGUGGUGGCUGUGGUGAUCAAGCAGAGUGGAAUCUGGGGCAGGAUGAUAGUGCCCUCCAUGGCAAGCACCUCCCUCCAUCUCCCAAGAAGCAGGUUUCCUCUAGUGGUUUGACAGAGUCUCUGUUUAUCUUGAAAGAGGAAAACAAUGAAAAACACCUCUGUGCUGACAGUAAGUCUGGCCCUAAUGUGGUGGAAAAUCCAGCUUCUCCUGCAGGAUUGGAUUUCCAGCUAGCUCCCCCAAAAGUUUCCCAAACUAACAAAGGAGAAGCAGAAAAGCAGGAAACACUAAGUCAGGUUUCAGAUGAUCUGCUUAUGCCCAGCCUUGGGAGAUGUCCAUCUACUUUUGUUCCUUGGGAGAAAGAGGGAAAAGAAGUCAGUGAGAAUUCAGAAGAUCUUGGACUGCUCCAUGAGAUGGUGUCACUGCAUCACAUGUUGUCUGACUCCAGGCAAGGCUCAAACCUUUCAAAGGGAAGUGCAAGCGGAAACCAAGGUUAGAUCACCAGUGAAGGGUCUGUCACUCGCAUCUAACCUUCCAGGAAACAUUUGGGGAUUCCCUGUAAUCUGUAUAGUAAAUAGAAUUGUUUUUAAGGAUGACAACUCUCUCUACUAUUUAUUUUUUUUUUCAUUUGGAACAAACCCCACUUGUUCAUCUCAUGGAUAUAUGUAAUCCACUUAUUUUUAAAUGUAAGGCAAAUUCUUCUACUGUGCUAUUAAAUCAGGUACUAGUUUAUAUGUAUGUUGAAAGGAUAUGUUGAACAUAUGAUUUCCCAGUAUUUGGUGCUUAUACCAUUCAUUUUAUUUAAAAUAAGUAAGCAUAUAUAAUCCUUACACAUAACCAGUAGCUACUGUAUUAAUCUGGUUGAGCAUGAACUGAUCAAGACAUCACAUUUUAUCAAAACUAGCCUGAAACCGAUAAAACUCUUAAUCCACUAAUUGCCUUAAUCUUAAAGCUCUAUCAAGCAUACUUAAUAACUUAAGAAAUUACAUGUAAAGUGUGAAAGAGAAGUUAUUUUGUUCUGCAGAGCAAUAAUGCCUUUUCUACUCAUCAAAUUAAGGUCAAAUUUAAUUUUUUUCAAGGUUUAAAAGCUCGCUUGUGGAAAUACUUUCAUAAGGAUACUGCAGCCAUGUUUUUCAAAACGUAAAAAAGGUAUAAAUUUACCUUUCACUCAGUGACAUAUAUGAAGUGCUUAGUUGCAAUGUGAAGUUAAUGACUUCUGUUUACAAAGGAGACACUUAAAAAUGUUUGUGGUCUCUCUCUGUAUGCCUUUGCUAUCUGGGGUUCCCCUCAAGAAAGCCAAAUGCAACUCAAACUGUCCUGGCAAAAAUUUUUCUGUCUUUUUUCCUAAAUUAAUAAUUUUUUCUGUCAAAAAUGCUUUAUAUUCUCAUCUCAGAUUACAUUUUUAAAUAACUGACUUUGUAUUUUAGAAGUUUCAGAUUUAUGGAAAAAUUGCAAAGAGUUAAUAGAAGCCUCCAUGUAUCCCUGCACCCAAGUUCUCUGUUAAUGUCUUAAGUUAGUGGGUACAUUUGUCACAGUUAAUGAGCCGGUAUUGGUAUUCUGUACUUUAUAGAUUUCCGCAGUUCUCUCUGACCUGUAGUAUCUAUUUUCUGUCCUAGGACACCACAUUCCAUCUAGUUGUCAUGUCUCCUUAGUCUUCUCUUGGCUGUGGCAGUUCAUUAGACUUUACUGACUUUGACAGUUUUGAGGACUAUUGGUGAGAUAAAUUGUAGAGUGUCCUUCUCUUGGAGUUUGUCUAAUAUGUUUCUCAUAAAUUAGAUUUCUCACAAAUGGGUUUUGGGAAGAAGAAUACAGAAGUAAACUGUUGUUUUCAUCACAUGAUAUCAGGGUAUGUACUGUCGACCUGUUUCUGAAUGUUAGUGUUGACUUUGAUGACCUGGCAGGGGUAAUGAUUGUCAGGUUUCUGUACUAGAAAGUGACCACCACCCCUUUCAGUACUGCAGUCUUUGGAAUGAAGUCACUAUGAAAAGUCCACACAUUUCUGCUAAGGCAGAGGAGUAUCUAAAUAAAUUAUUUGGAAUUCUUUAUGGGAAAUUUAUCUCCCUCAAAUUUACUGAUAAGCUUUGGAGUUCAUCUGAGAAGGAAUCAUACGCUGACUACUUUAUGAUAGGCUAGACUACCAGGAAUAAUCAGGAAAAAAAACCAUGAUGUUAUGGUUAAUUUGUUGCUUCUGUGCUCAGUCAUUCAUUCUGUACAUCAUAAUCAUGAUUUUUAAAAACAUCUCUUUUAGAAAAAGUGUUCCAGAAACCAUCCAAGAAUCUCAAUAAGAUUGUACUGUAAAGUGUUUACUGAUGGAAUAUAAUUUCAUUUAAAAUCCUAGAAGGAGAUUUCUCAAAACCAUUGCUUAAAAUAUUUAUUCAGGUCAUUUUUAAAGAAAAUGACAAAGUAUUUAAAAAAACUACAUACCAUAAUCUAAAUGUGUAUCUUGUAUUUGGGAUAAUUAUUCAUUCAUGAUUAUACAGGAAGAAAAAUCUAGUUUUUAUUCUAGGGUGGACUCUAUAUAAAGAAAAAAAGUAUGUAAUACUUUUUAAAAACACAAAAGUAAGAUUCAAGUUCUUGUCAAAUUUUGCCUUUUAUGCUCAUUUCAAAUUCUAAUCUACAUCAGUGAAAUACAUAAUAAAAAUAUCCAUAUAUAAGAGCUCUUUUAAGUAACCAGGACAAAAAGUUACCCUAGUGACUAAUCUGAUUGGCAUAUACUCCUUCUGAAUUUAUAAAAAUAAUUUAAAAUAACAUUUACUGUGAAUUUUGAAAUUAAGCAGUUUUUUUCAGAACUCAGAGUCUGAACAAUAAGCUAAUCAGGAGUAAAGCGUGAACCAUAUUUGGGUUUUAGUCCAUUUACUUAAACAUCAUGGCCACUGUUUUUCAGUCAUCUCACAAGAUGUUUGGCUCUAAUACUAUGCUGUCUUGAGGAUAUUAAGCCAUUCACAGAUAAUAUAAUUGUCUUAAGGUAUUUUAAAGUGAUUUGUGCCUUAUUUUAAACAUACAAAAUUACCUAGUUCACUUUGUUAACAAAAGCAAAAGCCAAACUCUGUUAUUCUUGAAAACAGUCCAUAAAACUAGUAGCAGUUAUUAGUAUUUCAAACCCUUAAACAUUUUGAGUAUUGACAGUCUUCUUUUACCUUGACUUCCCAGUAUUAUGGUGGAUAUUGAGAAUGAAGUGAAAUUAGGGUGAAUUCCGGAAUAAGCAAACAAAACUGCUGUUAUCUAUUGUGCUCAUAUUUUCUGUUGUAGCUGAACCAAAUCUUUAUAUGUUUCCCUGUUCAAAUUAUUUUUCCAAGAAGCAGUACCUGUUCUACAGCAGCAUUGUAUAAAUUAAGGACUUUGGCUUUGGUACAUAGUUUUUUAUAUGGCCUCUGGAUUGAGUCAUGAUUUUUUUCUGAAUCCCACCCUAGCUAGGAUCCUUCUGCCCUUAGAUACUGCUCCCAUGGUAUUUCAGGGGGAUAGAGAAGUAUUAUAUACAUUUAUAAGCUGUUGUUUUGUUGAGUGAAAAUGUCACUAAGUGGUAUAUUUUGAUGAUUACCUACUUUGGCAUAUCUUUUAAAGGCACCAAAAUAUAGUAUUAUUAUUUUUCCAAUUGAAAAUUCUUCAUUUACUUUUUGCACAAGUCAUGUGCAAGGUAUGAUAACUGAAGGUGUGGGGAAAUAAAAUAAGUAACAUAAUCCCUGCUCUGGAAAAAAUAAAAGGAAUUGAAAAUGUGUGAUGAUGAUGAUGAUGAUGAUGAUGAUGAUGAUGAUGAUGAUGAUAUAGUAAUAAUGUACUCUGCUUACAAGUUACUGGCCCAAGAUUCUGUCACCAAAAAAGUUGAAGCAUGCUCUAACAUAAGUACCAUUUCUCAUUUCAUUAUCUUUCUUAAUUAUUACAUUAAUAACAAUAAUGCUGCUAAGAUACUCACUUUUAAAGGACAGAUCAGAGACAUUUUCGGAAGCUCAGUGAACUUGUUUGCCGGAUUCUCCUUCUGAUGAGCAAGGCAUCACAGGGCCUCCUCCUAUAGGGAAAGAUGUGCCCUGUCAGUACUUAGGGCCACUGUACUCAGUGAGGAAUAACUGAAGGUACGGAAUCCAGUCUUUUCUUUUUCAAGAUCUUGAUAAUAACAUUCUCCAGAAACAGUCCCUUCCUUUUGAAUUGAAACUGUAUGUGACAGUGCUGUAAUUAGGAUUCUAUCCUAAUAUCUUAUUAGUAGGAUUCAGGAAUGCUGAUGAAUUAGUUGUUAAUAGUAAAGAAGUAGUCCUCUGAGCAAGAGGAGAAAACUGUGAAUGUUCUUAUCCAUAGACCUUCAUUCUCUAUUUGGGUUUUCAAGAUAAGAUUAAUUUCAUGAAUAAAAUUUCUAGUAAGAAUUGUUUGUUUGCUAUCAAAGAUUCUGAAUUUGAGAAGAUAUUUGUAAAUCAGAAUAUAAAUUUAGGAACGUAAAAUGAAUCCUCAAAUUUAAUUUCCUCAAAACAUUUCUUAAUAUAGGAAAUAGUUUUUAGAAAUGCUAUGUCAUUAUUAACAUCUUUCCUACAUGGAGCCUAGUGAUAUUGUUAACGUAUGUUUCUUAAAGCUUCUUUAAGAGGCAGAAUGUUUUUUAGCAAAUCACUGAACAUUAUGAUUUGGUCAAGAAAUAGGAAAUUAUGUAAAUCUAGACAAAAAAUUUAUUUGAAAAAUUAUAGUAUUUUGUGCAAUAUUUUUUCUUGCAUAAUUUAGUUCGUAUAAAUAUACACAUCUGCUUUUCUGGCAGAUGCCUUAAGGUCACGUCUUUCAGUAUUUGUGUAAAUUGUAUGUAGCAAUGUUCUGUGUGAUUUUAGAAAAGAGCAGUCUUUAUAUUGUUGGAAGGAAAAAUGUUUUUGUUUAUUUAAAAUAAUUAUGGAUAUUGCAUUAUUGUAUUAUAACUAACUGCCUCAGCAACAAUAAAUAUGCAAUAAGAAAAUCCUGUACCUUAGAUUAAUAUUGACAAUACUGUUACUUAAAAUGUUUAUAGUACAAAGUGCUGAUUCUACAUGUGUACAGUUAAGUACUCUGCUCUGCACCACCUAAAUCGAAUGGCACUUGUAUGGUGAUGACUGUGUAUGUAGAGUGUAACAUCUUUUAUGAUGCAUCUUUGCUAAGAUUUAUAAAGGGCAUUGCCAAUACUUUUAACUGUCUGUAAAUUAAGUUAAUUUUUUGUAUGAUGUACAGUUUGUUUAACCUUAGAGCUUCUAUAGAUUUCUACUUUUAUUAUACUUGAAUGAGGUAGACGCACUGUGGAAAAUUUGUAGCUCUGGAUGCAAUAUGCAAAUAUACCAAAAAAAUAAAACCAGGUACUGAAUGACAAUGUUAACAGAACGCUUUAUAUCCAGAAUGCUAUGUUUUUUUCAAGUCACAUUUAAAUGAAGUAAUUGAAGAUAUUCAAUCGUUUGUCUUAGAAGGUUGUAAAAUCACAAAUGAUUACCUCUUUGAUAUGACGAACUUGUAAGUCUCUUCAUUUCCGCUCAGUAGUUCUCAGAUGAGAGCCUUGAUAAGGUCCAAUGGUGAGUUUACUCUCUGGCUGACUAUAUAAUGUGUAGGACAGAAUUUAUAACACUGUUCAUGUUAAAUGGACCGCAUGCAUCAUCACCAUCCUUUAGGUAGGAGAACUUUCAUAGGUUAUUUUGAGAACUACUUAAUCACAUAGCAAAACUAGAUUUUUAAAAUCUGAUGAUUUAGCUGUGCCUAAAACAGCAACCAAUAAGAACUGCAUGACUGCUACAAUUUAAUGUGCAUAAAGCUUUUUUACAUAAAAGCCACAUGAUGGGUUCAAACUUGAACCUUUCAAAAGCUUAUUUCUUUUGCUUUAAAUGAAAAGCUGUUUCAGUGACUGAAAAUCUUGAACUUUUUUGCUCAGCACGGUAACAGAUACCUGUAAAAACCCACCCAGCAUUGUGAUUUUCUGUAUUUUUUUUGCGUUCUUGAGAUUACAGUAUAAAUCACCUCCAAGAUUGACUACUAUUAGGAAGAUGUUCUAUACAAAAGUAUUACUUUGGAAAUUUUUUUAAUAUACAAAAUAAAUAUUGGAUGAACUCAAUAUUCCAAAUAAUAAAGAACAAUGCAGUUAUAAAAUAAAAUUGGUCACAAUCAAACUG